AUGCCCAUCAUCCGGAAUCCCUUCAAGCGUGCCUCUAGCGCUACCGAGGCACAGGACGAGAACACUCGCCCGACGCCCCAGCGCAGCAGCAGCGGGGCUGGGUUUCAGCGCGCCAACGCCGUGGGCUCCAAGCCCGUCGACAUCAAAGAGCCCGCCGAGUACAAGCUCAGCGAGACGACUGCUGACAAUGCCUCGCAGCCGUCGCCGCCCGAGAGAAAGAGCUUCUGGUCGACCACCAAGUCUACUUCCAGCACCUCGUCGAACCACCGCAAGAUCUUGAGCGACACUGAGCCGUUCAGCAUCUCGCGCGAGUCGUUCGAAUCCUACCGCAGGUCAUUCGAUAUUUCGGCUCGCACCCCUCUCCCUGAAAUCGACAGUCGCGCCCGCCAGAGUCUCGAUUCGCGCCAAGCACGCCUUCCUCGAUCAUCGCUCAACGAACGCCGCAUGGGACGACCUAUCUCCACAACAGAUGAGGGAUUUGAAGAUGUUGGACUCAACGACGAAGUGAAACCACCCACCAAGAAGAAGGGCCUAUUCUCCCGAUUUGGCGAUUCGUCAGAUGGCACAAACGGCACCACAUCAUCCGACAGCAGACCGUCGUCGAGCCACCAUGGUUUCCACUUUGGCACCGGCCGCAAGCGGGGCCAAAGUGGCCAAGGUGCAGAGCUGAGCCCAAUGAGGCCUGCAGACCACUCCGUCAAGGAAGUCUUCGUGGAAUCCAACUAG